AUGAGCCUCAUGGACAUCAACAAGAUGUUCUCCCUGCUGCAGCCCAGGGAUGACGAGGAGCACAGCGAGGAGAGCGAGGAGCUGAGCCGGGCCGUGUGCCAGGACGACCACGAGACGCUGGCCAGGCUCCUGUCCCAGGACAGGUACAGGAGGCUCAUCAACCGCAGGAGCGGCUGGGGGGUCCCCAGCACCCCCCUGCGCCUGGCAGCCACCAGGGGCUGCCUCAGGAGCCUGCAGCUGCUGCUGGCCCACGGAGCCCAGGUGGACAGCCUGGAUGUGAAGGCUCAGACCCCGCUCUUCGUGGCCGUCAGCAACGGGCACCGCGAGUGCGUGCGGGCGCUGCUGGAGCACGGUGCCAACCCCCUGGGCAGCAUCUACAACAACUGCUCACCGCUGCUGCUGGCGGCCAGGGACGGCCAGGUGGACAUCCUGAGGCAGCUGCUGGAGCACGGGGCCCAGCCCAACGUGCAGGCCAGGCUGCCAGAGUGGGCGGCCAACUCGGUGUCCUGCUCGGGGCCGCUGUACCUGGCGGCCGCCUACGGGCACCUGGAGUGUUUCAGGCUGCUGCUGCUGCACGGGGCUGAUCCUGACUACAACUGCACCGAGCAGGCUGUGCUGGCACAGAUCCGGGAGCCCAAAACCCUGCUGGAGACGUGCCUGAGGCACGGCUGCCGCGGCGAUUUCAUCCGCCUGCUCAUCGAUUUCGGGGCCAACGUGUACCUGCCCAAUGUGCCCGUGCACGGGGUGGCACCACGCAGCGAGGGGCUGGAGCUGCUGCUGCAGGCCAGAGCUCAUCCCAAAUCCCUGCUGUCCCAGUCCCGGCUGGCCGUGAGGCGUCUCCUGAAGCAGCCCAGCCUCUCAGCUGCCCUUGCAGAGCUGGAGAUCCCCACAGUCCUGGCCAAAUACCUCCAGCACCAGCCCUGAUCCCAGCCUGCCCCCAGGGACACCCCAGUUAAAACCUGCUCCACCCCCUGGCAGUGGAUCCCUGA